CAGAAAGAGACAAACAACAAAAUGAACAAUCCAGCUAUUAAGAGAAUAACAAAUGAAAUUAUCAAAUCACCUGAGGAUAAACGAGAAUAUCGUGGACUAGAAUUGGCAAAUGGCAUUAAAGCUCUACUCAUUAGUGACCCCACCACAGAUAAGUCUUCAGCAGCACUCGAUGUGCACAUAGGAUCCUUGUCUGAUCCCCCCAACAUUGCUGGGCUUAGUCAUUUUUGUGAGCAUAUGCUCUUUCUGGGAACCAAGAAAUAUCCAAAAGAGAAUGAGUAUAGCCAGUUUCUUAGUGAGCAUGCUGGGAGCUCAAAUGCUUUCACGAGUGGAGAACAUACCAACUAUUACUUUGAUGUGUCACAUGAACAUCUAGAAGGUGCAUUAGACAGGUUUGCCCAGUUUUUCCUGUGCCCUUUGUUUGAUGAAAGCUGCAAAGACAGGGAAGUGAAUGCUGUUGAUUCUGAGCAUGAGAAGAAUCUGAUGAAUGAUGCCUGGAGGUUAUUUCAAUUGGAGAAGGCUACUGGAAAUCCCAAUCAUCCCUUCAGUAAAUUUGGAACAGGGAACAAACUCACUUUGGAAACUAGACCAACCAAAGAAGGAAUAGAUGUAAGACAAGAGCUAUUGAAGUUCCAUUCUACUUACUAUUCAUCGAAUUUAAUGGCUAUUUGUGUCUUAGGAAGAGAAUCCUUGGAUGAGCUGACUUGCUUAGUGGUAAAGCUAUUUUCAGAAGUAGAAAAUAAGAAUGUCCCUAUACCAGAGUUUCCUGAACAUCCUUUCCAAGAAGAACAUCUCCGGCAACUUUACAAAGUGGUACCCAUUAAGGACAUUAGAAAUCUUUAUGUCACAUUUCCUAUACCAGACCUUCAGAAGUACUAUAAAUCAAACCCUGGCCAUUACCUUGGUCAUCUGAUUGGGCAUGAAGGCCCAGGAAGUCUUUUAUCAGAGCUUAAAGCCAAAGGAUGGGUAAAUACUCUUGUUGGAGGACAGAAGGAAGGUGCUAGAGGUUUCAUGUUUUUCAUCAUUAAUGUGGACUUGACAGAGGAAGGACUUUUGCACGUUGAAGAUAUUAUUUUGCACAUGUUUCAAUAUAUUCAAAAACUACGUACAGAAGGACCUCAAGAGUGGGUUUUUCAAGAGUGCAAGGAUCUAAAUGCUGUGGCAUUCAGAUUUAAAGAUAAAGAGCGACCACGAGGCUAUACAUCAAAGCUUGGGGGAAUGUUGCAUUAUUACCCUAUAGAAGAAGUAUUGGCUGCUGAAUAUUUGCUUGAAGAAUUCAGGCCUGAUUUAAUAGAGAUGGUACUGGAUAAAUUGAGACCAGAAAACGUUCGAGUUGCAAUAGUUUCCAAGUCUUUUGAAGGAAAGACUGAUCGAACAGAGGACUGGUAUGGAACACAGUACAAGCAAGAAGCAAUUUCUGAUGAAGUUAUUAAGAAAUGGCAAAAUGCUGACCUGAAUGGAAAAUUCAAGCUUCCAAUGAAGAACGAGUUCAUUCCUACUAACUUUGAGAUUUUACCAUUGGAAAAAGAUGCAACACAGUACCCUGCCCUCAUCAAGGACACUGCUAUGAGCAAGCUAUGGUUCAAGCAAGAUGACAAAUUUUUUUUGCCAAAAGCUUGUCUCAACUUUGAAUUUUUCAGUCGCUACAUUUAUGCUGAUCCUCUCCAUUGCAACAUGACAUACCUGUUUAUCAGGUUAUUGAAGGAUGAUUUAAAAGAGUAUACAUAUGCAGCACGCCUCUCAGGUUUGAUCUAUGGCAUUGCAUCAGGAAUGAAUGCAAUACUUCUUUCUGUAAAAGGUUAUAAUGACAAGCAACAUAUCUUGCUCAAGAAGAUCAUUGAGAAAAUGGCUACUUUUGAGAUUGAUGAAAAACGAUUUGAAAUUAUCAAGGAAGCGUACAUGAGAUCGCUUAACAACUUCAGGGCUGAACAGCCUCACCAGCAUGCAAUGUAUUAUCUCCGACUCUUGAUGACAGAAGUUGCUUGGACCAAAGAUGAAUUAAAAGAAGCUCUAGAUGAUGUCACUCUUCCCCGCCUCAAGGCCUUUAUAGCUCAGCUGUUGUCACGGUUACACAUUGAAGCUCUUCUCCAUGGCAAUAUAACAAAACAGGCUGCAUUAGGAAUUAUGCAGAUGGUUGAGGACACUCUCAUUGAGCAUGCUCAUACAAAGCCACUCCUUCCCAGUCAGCUAGUGAGAUACAGAGAAGUACAACUUCCUGACAGAGGUUGGUUUGUGUAUCAGCAGAGAAAUGAAGUUCAUAACAACUGUGGCAUUGAAAUAUAUUACCAGACAGACAUGCAGAGCACUUCUGAGAAUAUGUUUUUGGAGCUCUUUUGUCAAAUUAUCUCAGAACCCUGCUUCAAUACCCUGCGCACCAAGGAACAAUUAGGUUACAUUGUGUUCAGUGGUCCACGUCGAGCAAAUGGCAUACAAGGACUGCGAUUUAUUAUCCAAUCUGAAAAGCCACCGCACUAUUUAGAAAGCAGAGUUGAAGCAUUCUUAAAAACUAUGGAGAAAUGCAUAGAAGAUAUGACAGAAGAGGCCUUCCAAAAACACAUCCAAGCUUUAGCAAUCCGUCGUCUAGACAAACCAAAGAAGCUGUCUGCAGAAUGUGCUAAAUACUGGGGAGAAAUCAUUUCCCAGCAGUAUAACUUUGACAGAGAUAAUAUUGAAGUGGCUUAUCUAAAGACCCUGAACAAGGAUGAUAUUAUACAGUUCUACAAGGUGCUGUUAGCAAUAGAUGCUCCCAGAAGACACAAGGUAUCAGUACAUGUCCUUGCAAGGGAAAUGGAUUCCUGCCCUGUUGUUGGAGAAUUUCCAUGCCAGAAUGAUGUGAACCUGGCACCAGCACCACCACUGCCACAGCCAAGUGUGAUUGAAAAUAUGACAGAAUUCAAGCGCAGUCU